AGUUGUGUGUUCAACAGAAGAAGAGAAUAAAAGUCUCCUCGGUGAGAGGACGUUGAUGUUCAAGACUCGUUGAAAGUGUCGUUCAUGUGCACGCAUAAAGAACUCUGUUAAGCUCAAACACCUUAACAGGUUAUGGGCCCAGCAACCCAAAUAACGCCAGGAACUGCAGCAACCCCAGGAACCGCAGUAAUUCCAGGAACCGCAGUGAUUCCAACCAACUCAAGCAAACAAGGCAAGGUAGCGUUGAGUCGACGCACGGACACAGAAGCCAAGGAAGUUUGCAGGUGUGGACUUGAGCUAACAGAGGAGAACUACUUGACCAAGGAUAAAGGUAAUGCAAACGUGAAGUAUUACACGGAGCAUUAAAGGGACUUUAGCCAAUGAAGUAGCGUGUACACUCGAAGAAGAAGUAACCGCGGCAAAGUUUGAGCUAAUUAGCAUAGCACAGUGCUAAAGUGCGGAGCUUAAACAAAAAUGGCGACUCGUACUACUGGAGCAGUAUCCCCGCAACUGUACUUCGAUGGAUCCGAAAGCAAGUAUGACCUUUGGGAAGCAAGGUUUUUGGGACACUUACAUAUUUUAAAGUUGAAAGACACUGUUCUAAAUGAACCAGUUGGAGAAGAGCAAGCAGCAGCGGACAGAAUAAAGAAUCCAGACUGCUAUGCAGAGCUCAUAAGGUUGAUCGAUGAUAAAAGCCUGUCUUUAAUUAGACAUGAUGCUACAUACGAUGGAAGGAAAGCACUGAAAAUGCUGAGGGAGCACUAUUCAGGAAAAAGCAAGCCACGAAUAAUCAACCUGUACACGUCCUUGACAAAACUACGGAAAGUAGAUAGAGAGUCGACUACGGACUACAUUAUCAGAGCAGAAAACCUGAUUACAGCACUUCGUGAUGCCGGUGAGACUCUCAGUGAUAGUCUGAUCAUAGCCAUGAUUCUUGGAGGACUUCCUGACGCUUACAAGCCAUUAGCUGUACAUGUAACACAAAACGAAGACAAUGUGACAUUUACAGAUUUCAAAAGGAGAUUACGUAUUUACGAAGAGUCAGAGAAAAUUAGUACUGCUGAGCCAACAGACAAUGUGAUGAAAAUGUUCACAAAACAGGAUAGAAAUAUCCAGAAGACGUACACCAGCAGCACUCAAAGUAGAAGUGGAGAUGAAGAUCUGACAUGUUUCAAAUGUGGAUUAAAAGGACACAGAGCAAGAAAUUGUAUCCGAAAAGUGUGGUGCAACUUUUGUAAGAGCAACACACACCAAGAAACCAUAUGCAAAAAGAAAGAUAAACGAGACAAUGUCAAAAAGGUUACUGAUGAACAUUCCAGUGAUUACCUCUUCAAAGCAGCACAAGAAGAAACCAGAGACUCAUUCAGUGGAACUAGCUGAUGGGACAAGAUGCAGUGGAAUGGCCCAAGGAAGAGGAACAGCUACGAUACAUCUAAUGGAUAGCAAUGGACGACAGCACAGGGCACAACUACAAAACGCUCUGUACAUGCCCUCCUAUCCCCACAACAUCUUUUCAGUGGCGAGAGCAGCCGACGGAGGAGCAACCAUAACUUUCAAGAAAGGACAGAGCCACAUGAUCACUAAAGAUGGUAACAGAUUUAAAAUACACGAACAUGAGAAGCUGUAUUAUCUACCAACUGUUGAUGCGAAUGAAGAUCAGUGUAAAGUUUGUCAUGACGUACAAACAUGGCACGAGAUUCUAGGACACUGCAACUAUGACGAUGUAAUCAAACUCCAAACUGUGGUCAAAGGUAUGGUAAUUAAGGGAAAUGUUAAGCCGGAUCAGAUGUGUGACAUAUGUACAAAAGGCAAGUUUACCCAAACGAGAAAUAGGGAGCUAGAUGCUAAAGCAAAUAAACCCCUGGAGUUAAUCCAUACAGACCUAGCAGGACCAAUGAAAACUGAGAGCAUAGAAGGACACUAAUACGCACAAUGUUUCACAGAUGACUAUUCAGGUGCUGUAUUAGUAUAUUUCCUUAAGUCAAAAAGUGAUACAGUUACUGCAACAGAAAAGUUCUUAGCAGAUGUAGCACCCUUUGGAGAUGUAAAGUGUAUACGUUCAGACAACGGCACUGAGUUUACAAACAGAGAGUUCCAAAUGUUACUAACAAAGAACAAAAUAAGACAUGAGACGUCAGCGCCUUAUUCGCCACACCAAAAUGGCACAGCAGAGAGAGGAUGGCGAACACUGUUUGACAUGGCUAGAUGCUUACUGAUAGAAAGCAAACUACCAAACUAUUUGUGGAACUAUGCCAUUCAAACAGCAGCUCAUGUUAGGAACAGGUGUUACAAUAGACGGAUAAAGAAAACAGCAUAUGAGUUACUUUCAGGAAAAGUACCAAAUGUG